ACUAAAGAAACACUCACAAUUCCUCUAUUUUUGUCUAAAGUGAAUAGAAUUCAAUUGGUGAAAGGGCUAGAGGAUGUGACGCUGUGUGAGAAGGAAGCCUGUACAUUUGAGGUGGUCCUCAGUCAUGCCUACGUCAAGGGUGAAUGGACCAGGGAUGGAGUCCCAUUUAAAUCCAGGCCUGUGUGUCGAAUUGCCACGCAGGGGAAAAAACACACACUCACGCUGACGCGGGUCACGGUUGCUGACAUGGGCGUCAUCAGCUUCAAGGCUGAAGGGAUUGAAAGCUCUGCUAUGCUGACAGUCAAAGCCAGGGAUAUAAAGAUUGUGAAGGAUCUUCAGAAUGCCAGUGUGUCUGAGAGGGAGAGUGUGACAUUUAUCUGUGAGGUCAACUGGGAAGAUGUGGAUGGGAAGUGGUAUAAGGACGACAGCCGGUUGAGAGCUGGAGACAGUGUUAAAAUAAGAUGUGAGGGUAAAAUACACUCCCUGACCUAUAAAUCAGUCAAGCCAGAAGAUGCUGGUGAAAUCAGAUUCACUGCUGAGAGGGUCUCUUCAACAGCAACACUACGAGUCAAAGAGCUUCCAGUUCAUUUUUUGAAGCCCCUGAGGGUGAAGAUUGCCAUGUACAAACACCGUGCCUUGCUGGAGUGUCAGGUCUCCCGUGCCAAUGCUGUGGUUAAAUGGUACAGAAGAAACCAUGAAAUUGUGCCAAAUAGAAAGUACCAAACUAUUAAUGAAGGUGUGUACCGACAACUUAUCAUAGAUGAUGUGGGCUCCUCAGAUGAAGACACUUUUGUCUGUGAUGCUGUUGAUGAGAGGACUUCCUGCCAGCUGUUUGUAGAGGAGCAGGCCAUCAGCAUUUUAAAAGGACUCAGUUCUGUGGAGGUCAUGGAGCCUAAGGAGGCUCGUUUUAAAGUGGAAACCAGUAUUAAAUUAGAGAGGGCACCAAAAUGGACCCUGAACGGGCAGAUAUUAUUUCCCUGUCCAGAAAUCAGGAUUGAGAGACAAGGAACCUCGAACAGACUUAUUUUCACCCAAACUGACAGUAGCAUGUGUGGCACUGUGCAGUUCUCCUCGGGGAAGAGCAAGUCAGAAGCUCAACUCACAGUUACAGAGCGGCCUUUGAUAGUCAAACAGCCUAUUUCCGAUGUGGAGGUGAAGGAGAACGGGUCAGUUACUCUCAGCUGUGAGUUCUGUCCGUCCCCCAGAGUGGUGCGCUGGUUCAAGGGUAGAACCCCCCUGUUUGCCUCUAAUAAGUACACAAUGAAGCGAGAAAAGAACCAGGUUGAGAUGACCAUCCUGGGUGUGAAAGCAGUAGAUUCAGGAGAGUAUCGCUGUCUGGCCGGUGGCUCAGAGACAAGAGGAAGAAUCAGUGUUGAAGUUAAAAGGUUGAAGAUCAUAAGACACCUGGAGCAAGUAGAGACUGAAGAAGAUGGGUCUGCAGUAUUCAGUUGUGAACUGAGUCACGAGUCACCCAGUGUCCAGUGGCUUCUCAAUGACCGAAUACUAUACACCAACCACAUCAACAAAAUCCAGAAUUCUGGAAAAGUGUACAGUCUGAUUCUAAAGCGACUCGCUCCUCAAGAGAGCCGUGUAACAUUCAAAACCUUGGAUAUCAGCGAGUCUGCAUUCCUCAGGGUCAGAGAGAAGCCAGCAGUCUUCCUCAGGUCACUGGAGGAUGUAGCAGGUGAGGAGCGUGGUGAAGUCCUUCUGCAGUGUGAAGUUUCCAGGCCAUCUGUAACUCCUGUCUGGAGGAAAGAUGGUGAAACUCUGACCGCCAAUGAGAAGUAUGAGAUUCUCCAUGUGGGAAAGUCAUUGACUCUUAUAGUUCGCAAGCUGAGAAAGGACGAUGGAGGGGAGUACAGCUGUGAUAUUGGCUGCAGCCAAACUAAAGCGAAAGUCAUAGUUCGUGCCCUGCGCAUUACAAUUACCAAACGCAUACGGACAACAACUGUGCUGGAAGGGGAAAACUGCAGUUUUGAGUGUGUCCUGUCCCAUGAUAUCAUCGAUGAAGCAUUGUGGAUCUUGAACGGCCAACUGAUUGUCAGCAAUGGACGGAUCAUAGUCGCUAACAAGGGGCGCAAAUACACAAUGAGCAUUCAGGAAGUUACUAUAACUGAUGCCGGCGAAGUGGUCUUUACCAUCAAAGAUCUCAGUUGCAGGACUAUGUUGUUUGUCAAAGAGAAGCCUGUUAGAGUGUUUCGGGAUAUGCUAAAUGUUAAAGCGACACCUGGUGAAGAUCCAGAGCUCAGCUGUGAGAUCACCAAACCUGAUGCAACAGUUAAAUGGCUGAAAAAUGGGCGACUAAUUAGAGUCAGCCCAAAAUAUGAAAUUAUCCGAAAGGAUUAUUUAGUGAAGCUCAUCAUCCAUAAUGCAGCCAUAAUGGACUCAGGGGAGUACUGCUGUGAGGCUGAUGGGAUUGCUACAAGGGCAAGAUUAGAUGUCAGAGACUUGCAACAUACAUUUGCGAAGGAACUGAAGGAUUUGCGUGCUGAGGAAAAGGGCUCAGUGAUCAUGGAGUGUGAAACCAGAAGGCCCGCCACUACCGUGACCUGGUUAAAAGGCCUGACAGUGCUCAGCUCGGGACAAAAGUACAUGAUGAAGAAAAAGGAUGUUGUCCUUACCCUGACCAUCUUCAGUCUGGAGAAGAGUGACAGUGCGGUUUACACCUGUGAUGUUGGAACAAUGCAGAGCAGAGCAUUACUUACUGUUCAAGGUCAAAAAGUGGUCAUUGUGGAUGAGCUAGAAGAUAAAGAGUGUCUAGAAGGAGAUACCAUCGUCUUCAAGUGCCGAAUCUGCCCAAGUGACUACACUGAUGUUAAAUGGUACCUGGAUGAGACCUUACUCUACACUAAUGAUCUUAAUGAAAUCAAGAUGAUGCCUGGUGGCUACCACACUCUUACCUUCAAACAACUUGCACGUAAAGACACUGGCACCAUCUCCUUUGAGGCUGGGGACAAAAGAUCAUACGCGUCACUACUAGUCAGGGAGAGACGCCCCACGAUAACUAAAGCAUUGGAGGACACAGAAGCAAUUGAAGGAGGAAGUUUGAUGCUGUUAUGCAAAACCUCAAAGCCAUGUCAUAUUGUUUGGUACAAAGAUGGCUGUUUAAUCUGGAAUUCCUCAAAGUACUUAGUGAGUCGAUCUGGAAAUGAGGCCAGGCUGGCCAUCCGUGAUGUAAAAGACAGCGACGCAGGGGUGUACGAGUGCGAUGCAGGAUCGGUCAGCAGUAAAGCCACUUUGACUGUUAAAGUCAUUCCUGCUGAGUUUACAAAAGCGCUUCAGAACCAGGAGGUCAAAGAGGGAGAGAGUGUGACGCUGACAUGCGAAUACUCUAUACCCGGCGUCCAGUUUAUUUGGCGCAAAGGACCCGAGAUGCUAAAGUCUAGUGAGAAGUACCACAUGAGGCAGAGGAAAUCUUGCAUUUCUCUUACAAUACACAAUCUGAAGCCGGAAGACUCUGGGAAUUACAUAUGCAUUUGCAGAGACCAAAAAACUAUGGCUACAGUUACAGUCAAUGCGGUUCCUAUAUCAUUUGUUAAAGAUCUCAAGAACCAAGAGAUAGAGGAGGGUAAAAAUGUGACAUUACGCUGUGAGCUUUCUAAAGCUGGAAUCCCUGUGGAAUGGUUGAAAGAUGAACAAACUCUCUGUCCUGGUGAGAAGUAUCAGAUGAGACACAUAGUCACCAUACUGGAGCUGGUAAUCAGAAAUCCAGUGCCUGAGGAUAGUGGAACAUACAUGUGUGUGUGUGAAGAUCAAAGGACCAAAGCCAUUAUCAAAAUACGAACUCAACCUAUCACGUUCAAACAGAAGUUAAGAAAUCAAAUUGCUGAGGUGGGAAACAGUAUAAUCUUACAUUGUGAGAUAUCCAAACCAGACACCCCUGUUGAGUGGAGAAAGGGGAACAACCUGCUCAAGUCCGGAGAGAAGUACAAGAUCAGGCAGAGAGGCUAUAUGCUAGAGCUGAAGAUUUUCAAUUUGACCCAAGAGGAUAGUGGAGUCUAUAGCUGUACAAGUGAAACUUCCCAGACAUCAGCCAACAUUACUGUUAGUGCUCAACCUGUCACUUUCAAAGAGAAGCUGAAAAACCUGGUAGCUGAGGAAGGGAAGAUGAUAACAUUGCAUUGUGAGCUUUCCAAAACUGGUGUCCCAGUAGAAUGGUGGAAUGGAGAUGAGCUGCUCCAGCCUGGAGAGAAGUAUAAGAUGAGAGAACGAGACACAUCAGUUGAGCUGAUCAUCUGUGAGGCCGUGCCUGAAGACAGUGGAGUCUACAGAUGUGUCUGUGGAGACCAAAAGACCAAAGCUACAAUUAAAAUUGUUGGUGCUCCUGCAACUUUUAAACAAAAUCUUAAGAACCAAGAAGCUCUGGAAGGGGAAUCUAUAACCUUACACUGUGAGCUCUCCAAAGUUGGAGUACCUGUGGAAUGGUGGAGGGGAGAUAAACCGCUCCUUCCAGGGCCGCGGUAUCAGACGAGGCUGAAUGGAAGGACAGCUGAAUUGGAAAUAACUAAUAUUUUCCCUGAAGAUGCUGGAAUAUACAGUUGUGUGACUGGAGGCCAAAAGACCACAGCUGAAGUGAAAGUCAAAGCUCUUCCAAUUACAUUCAAGCGAGAGCUUCAGAACCAGGUGUCUAUAGAGGGUGAGAGUGCAGUAUUUACCUGUGAGCUUUCAAAGCCUGGUGCUCCAGUCGAAUGGAGGAAAGGUAGAGUAAUUCUGAAAGCCGGAGCCAAAUAUCACCUGAAACUGGAGGGACGAUUAACCAAACUGGUUAUAAAUAACCUUGUUGAGGGUGAUGCAGGAAAUUACACCUGCAAAACCAAAGAUUCACAAUCAACAGCCGAAUUGAUGGUUCAAGGUAAUAACCAAAUUACUGCUGAAUUUUUGACAUUAUGGUUUUCAUAUGCAUUUCAUUUUCAUGACCAUGUGACUUUUUUCUACAUGGGAUCCUAUAACUUUCAGUACGUGAAUACAGGCUUUCUCAAUUCUUGGCUUUCUGAAGGACUCCCUGCUACCUUUAAAGCAACUCUGAAGAACCAGGAAGCUCAGGAGGGGAACAGUGUCACUUUGCACUGUGAACUUUCUAAGGCAGGAGUUCGAGUAGAGUGGUGGAAAGGAGAAGAAAUGCUAAAGACUGGAGAAAAAUAUCAAUUGAGACACAAAGAAGCAAAAGCAGAACUGCUAAUAAGGAAAGCACAACCAGAAGACAGUGGAGUUUAUCGCUGUGUAUGCGGAGAUCAAAAGACUGAAGCCAUCAUCAAAGUUAAUGCUCUCCCCAUCACUUUCAAACAAGAACUUAUGAAUCAAGAGGGUGAAGAGGGGAACAACAUCACCUUGCGCUGUGAACUCUCAAAAGCCAGUGCUGAUGUGGAGUGGUUGAAGGGAGAGGAAGUCCUUAAGCCUGGAGAAAAAUACCAGAUGAGACAGAUUGCAACUAAAAUGGAGCUUGUUAUCAGGAAAGCCGUACCUGAAGACAGUGGAGUCUACUUUUGUGUAUGCCCCGAUCAGACAUCCAAAGCAACGGUUAAAAUCAAUGCUCUCCCUGUCACGUUCAAACAAAACUUGAGAAAUCAAGAAGUGGUGGAGGGCAACACUGUUGCUUUGCGUUGCGAGCUUUCCAAACCGGGCGCUGCGGUGAAAUGGUGGAGGGGUGAAGAGAUGCUGGAAGUUGGAGAAAAGUACCAGAUGAGGACCGAGGGAAGGAUUGCUGAACUACUCAUCAAGAAUGUCAACUCUGAAGAUGUCAGCUCCUACAGCUGCACUAUGGGAAAGGAAAAGACGACAGCAGAAGUAAAAGUCAAGGCUCUACCCGUCACUUUUAAAAGAGAACUCCAAAACGAAGUAACUAAAGAAGGUGGGCAAGCUGUGUUAAGCUGUGAGCUCUCCAAACCUGGCACUCAAGUCGACUGGAGAAAGGGAAGAGUUAUUCUCAAACCCAAUGACAAGUAUGAAAUGAAGCAAGAGGGAACAUUCACCAAACUGGUCAUACGUAAUGUUGAAGCAAGUGAUGCUGGGAGCUAUUCAUGUAAAACCAAGGAUUCUGAGUCAACUGCUGAGCUAACCGUUAAGGUUCCACCUAUCACUUUUAAAGUCAAGUUGAAAAAUCAGGAAGUUGAGGAAGAUAAUACACUCGUAUUACACUGUGAGCUCUCAAAAGCUGGAUGUCCUGUUGAAUGGAGGAAGGGGGAAGAGCUCCUCAGGUCUGGGUAUAAGUAUCAAAUCAGGGAAUGUGAUGUUACAAGGCAGCUGAUCAUCAUGAAAGCCAUACCUGAAGACAGUGGAGUCUACAGUUGCAUUUGUGGGGAGCAGAAGACCAAAGCCACGGUCAGAGUGUUCGCCACGCCAGUAACGUUCAAACAAAACCUGAAGAACCAAGAGGCUCCUGAAGGAGGUGUUGUUAUUCUGCAUUGUGAGUUGUCCAAGGCUGGGGUACCAGUAACAUGGUUGAGAGGUGACGAGGAGCUUAGCAAUGGAACUAAAUACAAGAUCAAGCAGGAGGGAUUGGUUGCCGAAUUACACAUUAAAAACGCCCUUCCUGUGGAUGUUGGGGAAUACAGCUGCAUUGUUGGAGACCAGAAGACAACAGCUGAAGUUAAUGUUAGGGCUGCUGCCUCUGUGUUCUUUGAGAAAGAGCUUGAGAGUCAAGAAGCAAUAGAAGGGGAAUCUGUCCUGUUUAGUUGUUUACUCUCUAGCGACAAUGCCCCAGUGACCUGGAGAAAAGAUGCAAAUCAGAUCACACAGGGUGGGCGAUACACCCUCCACCGUAAAGGUGCCACUCAGGAGCUCGAAAUCAGGAAACUGAGAGUGGAGGACGCUGGCGUGUACACAUGCAGCGUCAGAGGCAAGAAGACCUCUGCAACCCUCAGAGUGAUAGAGCGUGUGAGGAUUGUGAAAGGACUGCGUGACUUGACGGUUACUGCAGGCGAGAGCGCCCGCUUUGUGUGUGAGCUUUCUCACGAGAACGUCCUUGAUGGGGUUUGGUGGCUUGGUUCCAAUGUACUGCAGGAGAAUGAGAUGAAUCAGAUGAGUAUCUGUGGCAAAGAACACCAACUGGUGCUCACUAUGACCACACCUGAAGAGUCAGGUGUUGUGUCCUUUGUGGUGGGAAAUGAAAAGACUUCUGCUCAUCUGUGUGUAAACAGCAAACCUAAAGUUUUCAUUGAGGAAAACCUGAAAGAUAUGACCAUUUUUGAGGGAGAUUCUGCCACCCUGUGCUGUGUGACUUCUGACACCUGCACACCUGUAACCUGGAAACGAAAUAAUGUAACUCUGCUCCCUGGGGAAAAGUAUGAACCUCUGAAACACGGGAAACGUAAUAUUCUUCUAAUUCACAAAGUCAGAAAAGAGGAUGCUGGGAUUUACAUGUGCGAUACAGGAGACAUGCAGAGUAGUGCUACUCUUACAGUCAAAGAGCGUCCUUUGUUUUUCUGCGGGGAGCUCCAAAACCAAGAAGCAGAAGAGGGUGAGACUACUUUCUUGUGCUGUGAGUUGUCUCAGCCUGGAGUUGCAGUUGAGUGGAAGAAGGGAGCAGUUCUGCUUAGACUGGGUAACAAAUAUGAGAUGAAGCAGGAUGGAUGUGAGCUACAGCUACAGAUCAAUGACCUCACAAGUCAGGACAGUGGGGCCUACAGGUGUUGUGCCGAUGGCAUUGAGACGAGGGCCAGUAUUACUGUGAAAGAGCGCCCUUUGUAUUUCCUUGAAGAGCUUCAAAACCAAGAAGCAGAGGAAGGUGAAACAGCUUUCUUGUGCUGUGAGCUCUCUAAACCUGGAGUACCAGUACAGUGGAAGAAGGGGGCAAUGCUCCUGAAAAAUGGACAGAAGUAUGAAAUGACGCAAGAGGGCAAUGAAGUACAACUUCAGAUCCACGACCUCACAAGUCAAGACAGUGGCAUUUACAGAUGCUGUGCUGGCAACCUAGAAACACGGGCUAAUAUUAUUGUCAAAGAGCAACCUCUUUUCUUCUGUGAGGAACUUCAUAACCAGGAAGCAGAGGAGGGUGAGACAGCCUUCCUUUGCUGUGAGCUCUCUAAACCUGGAGUUGAAGUGCAGUGGAAGAAGGGGGCAAUACGACUGAGACCAGGAAACAAAUAUGAGAUGAAACAAGAUGGCUGCAAAGCACAGCUACAGAUCCAUGACCUGACACGUCAGGAUAGUGGCACAUACAAGUGCUGCUCUGGAAACCUGGUUACCACAGCAUCAGUUGUUGUCAAAGAACAACCUUUGUACUUCAUCAAGAUGCUUGAGUGUCAAGAAGCAGAGGAAGGGGAAACUGCCUUUCUUUGCUGCGAGCUUUCAAAAACUGGGGCUGUUGUAAAUUGGAAGAAGGGAUCUGUGCUCCUAAAACCUGGAAGAAAGUAUGAAAUAAAUCAGAAUGGUGGUGAACUGCAGCUUCAGAUCCAUGAGCUCACAAGCCAGGACAGUGGUGUCUACACAUGCUGUGUUGGUAGUCUAGUGACCUCAGCAUCUCUGGAAGUGAAAGAACAACCUCUGUAUUUCUGUGAGGAGCUCCAAAGACAAGAAAUAGAAGAAGGUGAGACUGCCAUACUGAGCUGUGAGAUCUCUAAAACUGGAGUGGAAGUGCAGUGGAAGAAGGGAAUGCUGUUGCUUCGACCAGGAAACAAAUAUGAGAUGAAGCAGGAUGGCUGUAAUUUACAGCUUCUAAUACAUGAGGUGAACAGUCAGGACAGUGGCAUCUACAAAUGCUGUGCUGGUAGCUUGGUGACCACAGCAUCUCUUGAUGUGAAAGAACAUCCAUUGUUCUUUUCUGAGGAGCUCCAAAACCAAGAAGUAGAGGAGGGUAACACAGUCAUAUUGCGCUGUGAGCUCUCUAAACCUGGAGAUUCAGUGCAGUGGAAGAAGGGAGCAGUGAUACUUAAGCCUAGUGAAAAAUAUGAGAUGAAACAGGAUGGCCGUCAACUACAGCUUCAGAUUCAUGAAAUAACAGCUCAGGACAGUGGGGCCUACAAAUGUUGUGCUGGUAGUCUGGUCACAACUGCUUCUCUUGUGAUAAAAGAAAAGCCAUUGUUCUUCUCUGAGGACCUACAAAAUGAACAAGCAGAAGAGGGCAAGACUGCAAUAUUGUGCUGUGAGCUCUCUAAACCUGGAGUUUCUGUGCAGUGGAAGAAAGGAACAGUGCUUUUGAAGCCUAGUAAAAAAUAUGAGAUGAAACAGGAUAGUCGUCAACUACAGCUUCAGAUCCAUGAGUUAACAGCUCAGGAUAGUGGGACUUACAAAUGUUGUGCUGGAAGCCUGGUCACAACUGCUUCUCUUUUGGUGAAAGAAAAGCCAUUGUUCUUCUCUGAGGAACUACAAAACCAACAAGCAGAAGAGGGUAACACAGUCAUAUAUUGCUGUGAGCUCUCUAAACCUGAAGUUUCAGUGCAGUGGAAAAAGGGAACAGUGCUUUUAAAGCCUAGUAAAAAAUAUGAGAUAAAACAGGAUGGCUGUCAACUACAGCUUCAGAUCCAUGAGUUAACAGCUCAGGACAGUGGGACUUACAAAUGUUGUGCUGGAAGCCUGGUCACAACUGCUUCUCUUGUGGUGAAAGAAAAGCCAUUGUUCUUCUCUGAGGAGCUCCAAAACCAACAAGCAGAAGAGGGCAAGACCGCAAUAUUGUGCUGUGAGCUCUCUAAACCUGGAGUUUCUGUUCAGUGGAAGAAAGGAACAGUGCUUUUGAAGCCAAGUAAAAAAUAUGAGAUGAAACAGGAUGGUCGUCAACUACAGCUUCAGAUUCAUGAGUUAACAGCUCAGGACAGUGGGCCCUACAAAUGUUAUGCUGGAAGCCUGGUCACAACUGCUUCUCUUGUGGUAAAAGAACAGCCAUUGUUCUUCUCCGAGGAGCUCCAAAACCAAGAAGUAGAGGAGGGUAACACAGUCAUAUUGCGCUGUGAGCUCUCUAAACCUGGAGAUUCAGUGCAGUGGAAGAAGGGAGCAGUGAUACUUAAGCCUAGUGAAAAAUAUGAGAUUAAACAGAAUGGCCGUCAACUACAACUUCAUAUCCAUGAAAUAACAGCUCAGGACAGUGGGGCCUACAAAUGUUGUGCUGGUAGUCUGGUCACAACUGCUUCUCUUGUGAUAAAAGAAAAGCCAUUAUUCUUCUCUGAGGAGCUCCAAAACCAACAAGUAGAGGAGGGUAACACAGUCAUAUUAUGCUGUGAGCUCUCUAAACCUGAAGUUUCAGUGCAGUGGAAGAAAGGAACAGUGUUUUUGAAGCCUAGUAAAAAAUAUGAGUUGAAACAGGAUGCUCGUCAACUACAGCUUUAUAUACAUGAACUUACAGCUCAGGACAGUGGGACGUACAAAUGUUGUGCUGGAAGCCUGGUCACAAGUGCUUCUCUUGUGGUGAAAGAAAAGCCAUUGUUCUUCUCUGAGGAGCUCCAAAACCAACAAGCAGAAGAGGGCAAGACUGCAAUAUUAUCCUGUGAGCUCUCUAAACCUGGAGUUGCUGUUCAGUGGAAGAAAGGAACAGUGCUUUUGAAGCCAAGUAAAAAAUAUGAGAUACAACAGGAUGGCCGUCAACUACAGCUUUAUAUACAUGAACUUACAGCUCAGGACAGUGGGCCCUACAAAUGUUGUACUGGGAGCCUGGUGACUACCUGCUCUGUUACUGUGAAAGAGCAACCUGUAUUUUUCUGCAAGAGCCUCCAAAGCCUUGAAGCUGAGGAAGGUGAGGCGACCACCCUGACCUGUGAGCUUUCUAAACCUGGAGUUGCAGUGCAGUGGAAGAAGGGAACAGUGUUGCUAAAACCUGGAAACAAGUAUGAGAUGAAACAAGAUGGUUGUCUACUGCAGCUUCAGAUAUGUGACCUGAAAAUUGAAGAUAGUGGCUCUUACAAAUGUUUUGCUGGUAGCAUGGUGACGACUGCUUCUCUCAUAGUAAAGGAACAUCCUUUAUUCUUCUCUGAGGAGCUCCAAAACCAAGAAGUAGAGGAGGGUAAGACAGUCAUAUUGUCCUGUGAGCUCUCUAAACCUGGAGAUUCAGUGCAGUGGAAGAAGGGAGCAGUGAUACUUAAGCCUAGUAAAAAAUAUGAGAUGAAACAGGAUGGCCGUCAACUACAGCUUUAUAUCCAUGAAGUCACCGCUCAGGACAGUGGGGCCUACAAAUGUUGUGCUGGUAGCCUGGUGACUAAUGGUUCAAUUACAGUGAAAGAGCAACCUAUAUACUUCUGCAAAAUCCUUCAAAGCAUUGAAGCUGAGGAAGGUGAAACGGCGCUCUUGACCUGUGAGCUCUCUAAACCUGGAGUUCCUGUGCAGUGGAGAAAGGGAACAGUGUUGCUAGAACCAGGAAACAAGUAUGAGAUGAAACAAGAUGGCUCUAUAUUACACCUUCAAAUCCAUGAUCUAACAUGUCUGGACAGUGGUAUCUACAAAUGCUGUGCUGCUAGGAUGGAGACAACAGCUUCUCUUGUUAUAAAAGAAGCUUCCCCUAGAAGUAAAGAUAUCCCUCAACCCCCACUGAGAUUAAAAGGGAAAAACAUCAUAGAAGAAACACACAGUGGUCUAGUGCAUAAGAACAGGCUGUGGUCAUUGACGAACCAGACAUCUCUAUCUUAGAGCUCAGAGGUUCACUUCCAGGAUCCAGGAUGUGAGAAACUGACAGAUGAACAGGACGUCAAGAGGAAAUCAUUGGUGAGACAAAAGGGAGAAGAUGUGAGUUCCAAAAUGGUUAACGUGUCUAGUCGCACCAUGGAAGAACCUGAAAUUACUUCUCUUACAACCGAUGCACCUGAAGAACAAAGAAAAAAAGUGGUGGACACUGGUUCCAAAGAGGUUACUAAGAUUUCUAUGGACCAGCACAAUGAAAAGAUGUCAGGGCAAGUUCAGAAGAAAACUCCAAGUAUAGAUACAAAUGAACAGAGCAAGGAACCACCCAGAAAUGUUCCUCAGCCUCCACCACGGUCAAAGAGUAAGGCCACACAUCCAGAUGUUUCUCUCCAAGACCAGUACAGUGUUUUUGACGCAAACAACCAGAAUGUUAAAGAUACAUCUGUUGACAAGAAGGGCAAGAAACAAGAUGUUGCCAUGGAGCUGACGAUGAAGACCAAAGAGGCAUCAAAACAUCCUGACCUAACACUAUCUCUGUCCAAGGAGAAGGUUUCCCAGCCACAUGUUGAAAUCAAAAGGCAACCCUAUGUUUUGGAAGCAAAGAACCAAGAUAUGGACAUAAAACAAACUGUGGAUACCACUUUAAAGAUAUCAGAUUAUGGCUUAGAUCAACUAGUCUUCAAAGCAUCUCAAGAACAACCAUGUAAUUUAGAGGAAAGGAAUGAAUGUUUUAAAAUGGAAUCGACUGUAAAUAAGGAAUUAAAGAAAGAGUCAAUUGUGGACACCAUCCUUAAGCGAUCAGAAGUUGAUGAAUAUCCCAACAAUACGAAUGAAAAGAAGGAACCAAAAAAGAAAACAUUGGAUAAAUAUGAAAAGCACAAGAAGCAAUCUGAAUUGGGACUAGAAAUUGAAAAGGUUCAAUCCAAGGAUCAACAUCAUGAAAAAAUAACGAAGAAUGUUAAAGAAAAAGCACCAAAUAUUGCCAUUAUAGACCAGAAACCCAAAGAGCAAAUAAGUCUUGUACAGAAAACCACAACAUUGACCAUUAGGAAUGUGCAGCAGGAUUCACUGGAAGGUGAAACAAAUUUACUACACAUUGAUAGUGGAGAACUGAAAAAUGUCAAGCCGGUUGUGGAUGAACAUCAUGGAAAAGUACCAAAGCAUGUUACCGAAAAAGCUACAAAUACUGCCACUGCAAGCCAGAAAUUCAAAGAAGAAAUCAUUUCUGCAGAGAAAGCUACAACAAUGUCUGUUAGGGAUGUCCAGAGAGAUUCACAGGUAGGUGAACCGAAUUUACCAGACAUUGAUAGUGGAGAUCUGAAAAAUGUCAAGCAGGUCGUGGAUGAACAUCAUGGAAAAGUACCAAAGCAUGUUACCGAAAAAGCUACAAAUACUGCCACUGCAAGCCAGAAAUUCAAAGAAGAAAUAAUUUCUGCAGAGAAAGCUACAACAAUGUCUGUUAGGGAUGUCCAGAGAGAUUCACAGGUAGGUGAAGCGAAUUUACCAGACAUUGAUAUUGGAGAUCUGAAAAAUGUCAAGCAGGUCGUGGAAGAACAUCAUGGAAAAAUACCAAAGCAUGUUAAAGGAAAAGCAACAACUGUUGCCAUUACAAGCCAGAAAUUCAAAGAAGAAAUAAUUCUUGCAGAGAAAACUACAACAGUGUCCUUUAAGGAUGUGCAGAAGGUGUUACCCAAAGUUGAACCAAACUUACCACACAUAGAUAAUGGAGAUCAGAAAGAUGUGAAGCAGGUCAUUAUAAAAGUAGAUGUUUCUGGGGAAUCUGUAAUUCAGCCUGAGGAGAUCACAAGUGUGGGUACUGAAAAACAGAAGAGUUCUCAAGUUGACCAUGAUAAUGUCGACACUCCUGGUAUAGACAUAGAUUUUAAGGAUGAGCCAGAGAUGCGUGAGGCUGCCAUUAAGAUACAAGCUGCUUUCAAAGGUUACAAAAUUAGGAAAGACAUGCGUCUAGUCUUCAAAGAAGUGUUCAAGAACCAGAAUCUUGAUCUUGGUGGCACUGCAUUCCUGGAGUGUGUUGUGGAAGGUAAAAUCGACACUAUGCGCUGGCUUAAAGAUGGAGUAGAUCUGAGGUCUGGGAAAAGGUACAAAAUCACCCAUAAUGCAGAUGGUAGGUGUAUUCUGGAAAUUUCCAGGGUUACAAACAAGGAUGCUGGAAUCUACACAUGUGAAGUUGCAAACAAGUUUGGAGCAAUUAGCUACAAUGGGAAUGUGACUGUGGGUAAACCUCAGAAGCCCUCACAAACAAUCCAGACUGCACAAACACCAGGUACAGAAAUCGUCUCUGAAAAAGAGAUUGUUCCUGUCCUGAACACUGAAGAGGAGUCGUUGAGACUUGUCUAUGACCUACCGGCAGAUGACACCUACAGCAAGAUCCAGGAGAAAAGGAGAAGUCUAGUUUCAGUCAGCUCCAUAUCCUGUUACUCAGAUUAUGACACAGCCCCUGAUGUUGAGACAGAAUACCAAUCUAGGAGAAAAGAUGCAGAGAAGUCAAAACAUGAGUCUCAUACUACUCAGACUUCUGAAGAAGAAAGAAGUGUUAGUUUACAACCCCCAAAGACUACAGACCAGCUGAAAGGGAAAGGUUGUGAUUCACUGAGUCACACACCGUCUCCCAAACGCAUACAUUCCUACAAGUCCUCUGCAAAUAAUGAGUCAUUCUCUGAGUCAGAUGGAGAUGAUGACAGAGGAGAGAUAUUUGAUAUUUAUGUGGCCAAAACCGAUUGUCAUCCUCUGGGAGGAAACAAAGAAGCUUUUGUACUAAAGGAAAGCCAGUUUGUGGAGGUCUUGGACUCAUCCCAUCCCGUGAGGUGGCUUGUCCGCACAAAGCCAACCAAGAUCACACCAUCCCGUCAGGGCUGGGUGUCCCCGGCGUACCUAGAAAAGAAGACAAAGGAAAUAUUUUCAUUGACCAAUGAAGCAGAAACAAGAGAAUCCCCUGAGAAAGGCAAAAAAAUUUUCUCAAAGGAUGAGCAUGGCUUGAUCCAAAGUCGGUUGAUCAAGGGACUCCUUGAUGGUGAAAACAGUUUUGUGCAGGAAAUGAACUUUUUUGUUGAGCACCAUUUGCAGUACUUAGAGAUGAGCUCUCAAGUUCCUCUCACCAUCCUCAGUCAAAAAGAGUACAUAUUCCGUAAUAUCAGGGAUAUUGCAAGUUUCCAUGAAUGUUGUAUUCUCCCCAAGCUGGAGAUGUGCUUCUCAGAUGAUGAUGUAGCCCAGUGUUUUGUCAGUUAUGCACCAGACUUUGAGAUGUAUCUCCAGUUCAUUACAGGCCUGCCCCAAGCUGAGGCCUGCAUCUCAGACAAAAACACACAACAUUUCUUCAAGCAAUAUGCAAACACAGAGUUGGCACAUUUGGAUACCCAGGUCUUUAAUGUUAGCACGUAUUUGCAGAGACCCAUGGAAAGAAUUCAAACAUACAAGACUGUACUUAAGGAGCUUAUCAGGAACAAAGCAAAGAGCGGACAGAAUUGUUGCCUGUUAGAGGAUGCUUUUGCCAUGGUUUCCAGCUUGCCUUGGCGUGCAGAGAACUUGCAUCAUCUGUCUAUGAUUGAAAAUUACCCAGCACCUCUCAAGGGGCUUGGAGAACCCAUUAGACAGGGCCAUUUUAUAGUAUGGGAGGAGAUUCCUGAGGUCAAAGUCUCUCAGAGAGGACAUCACCGCCAUGUCUUUCUCUUCAAAGACUGUAUUGUAUUCUGCAAGCCAAAGAGAGAACUUGGCACAUACACUGAGGCUUACAUAUUCAAGAAUAAAAUGAAGUUGAGUGAUAUUGAUGUAAAUGAUACAGUGGAAGGAGAUGACAGGUCAUUUGGUCUUUGGCACGAGCACCGGGGAAUGGUGAGAAAAAUUAUUCUGCAAGCUCGAUCCAUCCUCCUCCGCCUCUCCUGGCUCAAAGAUCUGAGAGACCUGCAGCAGCGCAGCAAACAGCCCGCAUGGAGUGCCCCGUGCUUUGAGCAGCAUCUUACUGACUAUCCAGCCACGCUUGGACAAACUGUAAAACUAGUCUGCAAGGUUACUGGCACACCAAAACCAGUAAUAAAGUGGUAUAAAGAUGGUCAUGCUGUGGAGGAUGACGAACAUCACAUUACAUCGGAAGGACAGUUGGGUGCUUGUUAUCUUGUACUGACUGCUGUCACAGUGGUGGACUCAGGUCAAUACAUGUGUUAUGCAACCAAUCCUGCAGGGAACGCAAGCACUCUGGCUAAUGUCAUGAUUGAUGUGCCUCCAAGUUUCACAACCAGACUACAGAACUCAGUGCUUGUAAAGGGACAAGAUGUACAGUUCAAGUGCUCAACGCAAUCUGAUCCUUUACCGACAAUAAGGUGGUUUAAGGAUGGCAUUCAUCUUGAAAACACCAAGAAACAUCAGAUUCAAUCAGAUGUCCAGACAGGAAUUCUUACUCUCACCAUAAAGACAGCAGAAGAGGCAGAUCUGGGUCAAUACCAGUGUGAGCUACUGAAUGAAGUGGGCAGUGCCAAGUGUAAAGCUGAGCUCUGCCCUCCAGCACCAUUAGCUGUGACAGUCAGCACCCAAAAACAAUCACAAACCACCCCAACUCCAGGUAGGACGAAGGGGAAGGUGAACAGCAAUUGUUUAAGGCAGAGAAGGCAAGCAUUUGCACACAAAGACUGGUGGGGACCAGUAGGCUUUGAAGGAACACAUACCACAAUCACCUCCAACUUCCCUCGUUUCCACCCAUUCCUCAUGUUCCGUCACUUGAACUCCAGAUCUUCUAAAUGUCCAUUCCACUCUAACAACUAUUUAGAGAAGAAAUGCAAACAAAUAUCCCACUACAUUCCUUAUUUGAAGCUGACUCAGCCUAAUUGUUUUCAAAUAGAGCCCCAAUCAGAAGGUUGGUCCAGUUCCUUUGUGAAGAACCUGUUUCAUAUACUCUUUCAGCCUGGAUACCGUGAACUACCUGCUGCUGCCGUUGAAGAUACACAAACUCUUGAAGAACAGGAUGAUGUGGAGAGGCAGGUGCAGGCGGCACAGGAUGAAGGACCUAUAGAGCCUGAGGAACUUUUUUACUCAAACACAGAGGAGGAGUUGCUGACAGAGCCUCCAGCUGUGCAAGUGGCUAUUGAAGACCUGACAGUCCGGCCUGGUCAGCCUGCAACGUUCUCUGCAAUUAUUACUGGCCAACCCACCCCAGAGAUUCAAUGGUUUAAGAAUGACAAGGAAAUCUCAUCCAAUGAGUACACAGAAAUAGUCCAAAGUAGUGCACGUUGCUCUCUCACUUUGCUGGAUACUCAAAUUGAGGAUUGUGGCACCUACACAUGCAUAGCUAGCAACAGUGCAGGACAAGCAUCUUGCCAAGCUAAACUCAGUGUUGAUGCAGGUCCAGAUGAAAUUGAGGAAGAGAGAGAAGUGGAGUUCGGUAAAAGACGGAAACUACAUUCUGUAUAUGAAGUUUAUGAAGAAAUAGGAAGGGGCACUUUUGGAGUGGUUAAAAAAGUAACGCAUAGGGCGAGUGGUGAAUGUUUUGCUGCUAAGUUCCUUCCACUCAGAAGCAGCACACGGACCAGAGCGUUCCAGGAGAGAGACCUACUGUCCCGUCUAGCUCACCGCAGACUCGCAUGCCUCUUGGAUUUUUUCUCCACAAGACGCACCCUGGUGUUGGUUGUAGAAUUAUGUUCUACACAGGGGUUACUAGAUCAUUUGUUUUUAAAGGGAUCGGUUACAGAGAGGGAGGUCCAGUUAUAUAUUCAGCAGGUUCUGGAGGGCAUUGGCUAUAUACACAGUAUGAACAUUCUACAUCUGGAUAUCAAAACAGACAAUAUCCUAAUGGUGUCCCCUGCUAGGGAAGACAUCAAAAUCUGUGACUUUGGAUUCUGCCAGGAAAUUGACAACUCCAGACAUCAGUACAGCAAAUUUGGGACACCUGAAUUUGUUGCUCCAGAAAUUGUUCACCAAGAACCUGUGACAAUAGCCACUGAUAUCUGGUCUCUUGGUGUGGUUACUUACUUAUGCUUAACAUGUCACUGUCCUUUCUUCGGUGAGAACGACCGUGCCACACUGAUGAAGGUUGCUGAGGGUUUGCUGUACUGGGAUACGCCUGAGAUCACAAGCAGAAGUGUAGAGGCACAGGACUUCCUACAUAGGGUUCUACAGCCAGACCCAGAAAUGAGGCCAUCUGCAUCUGAGUGUUUGAGUCACGAGUGGUUUCAGGGUUAUUAUGAAGAUGAAGAACCAGAGGACAUAAAUACCAAAAAUUUAAAAUCUUUUAUUUCAAGAAGAAAAUGGCAGCGUUCUUUAACAUGUCUCGGCUCGGUUCUGACUCUGAGACCAAUCCCAGAGUUGUUAGAAGCUCCUCUGCGUGAUGUUUCGAUUACAGCUUCAAGGGAGCCCCAGGAGCCCAGCAGCACCUCCCUAAGUAGUGGAUCCUCUUCAGAUUAUGAUGAGGCAGAUGCCUGGGACUUCUUCCAGCAGAUGAGCCAAGAGGAUGAAGAUGAUUUGGAAGAAGAAGAUGAAUAUGACCCAUACGCUCAUGUGUCAAAGACACCCACAAUUCUAAAACGGGAUGAGGAAGAUGUGCUUAUUGGUAAGGAUAGAGUUCAUAGUGGCCCGCUGGUGAUUCCAAUGAACACAACGUUAACAGAGCCGGUAAGCUUGGAGCGAGGGGACAGUAGCCCCUCUCUUCACCUCUCUGAAGGAGAGGAGGAUUGGCUGGUGGACCUCCCAUACCGUCGUAGCCUCAUCAAGAGCACAUUUUAUUGCAGCUCUGAGCAGCUCUCGCCCAUAUCUGCUCGUCACAUGACACUUCGGGAUAAAAUCCAAGCUAAAAAGCAAGAGCGUGGCCGUAAACCCCUACGUGCCAGCCUCUCCGGCAGGUUGAACGAGCCCCUAAUAGAGUAUGUAGAAGAUUCCCCAGACUUAGAAGCUAAUCGUAACCAAAGAAGAGGCUCAAUGCAUUCGUCUAUCCUCAAGUCCAGCUCAUUUGAUAGUGGAGUGAGUGCUGCCCAUCCAAGCAUACACACACAGAGAAGAAGCAGAUCAUUAGAUGUGUACAUGCAACGAUCUCCAGCUUCACCGGUGCAGGGAGAGGAUAAGCAUGAUGAUGAAGUUAGCCAGAAACCAGAUGCCACUGAUGAAGAGGAGGCAAAAACUGAAGAAGUCCAAGUGAGAAGGAAACUCUGCCGUCGCUCUGCGUUUUUGUCGAAGAAGGGCCCAGAUGUUAUGAGGAAGGUGAGAGCACAGGUCCAUGAGCCCGAAGAAGGACAUCAGCCAGUCUUAAAAAGUUCAUGUGAGGAUGACAUCCAAUUGCAGAUCACGGAAACAGAAGCAACACAUUUGGGUGAUGAGGAGAGCGUGGAUGGCUCACAGCUUUCGCUAGCAUGCUCCCUUGACCACGGUUCAGAGGCAUCUAGCAGGGUAGGCUCAUAUGAAGAACUCUCUCACAGACACCUCCACGAUGAGACCUUGAUCGCUGGAUCCUCUGGAAAAACAUCUCCAUGCUCUCUUCUACAGGACUCCGAGGAUGAAGACAUGGAGAGAGUCCUGAGAUCUCUUCGCCAAGACCUCCCACAAGCCCCGCCAAGACGCCGCACCAACAGUUCAAGCUCUGGACUAAAUGAGAUGCGCAAUAAGAGUGACAUUCAUCUGAGAAGAAGCUCUUCGGCACUUCCUGUCCAGGCUGCGGUAGCAGGCAGAGAAAGCAAAGAGGUUCUUCAAAGACAUGCCUCAGCCCCAGCUCUACAGGACAAACCCCCUAGUGGGAAAUCUUCCAAGCCUGGAUUCAUGAAGAUCUUCCGCAAGCACUCAUGGGCUAGCCAUUCUUCUCCUCAGCUAGAGGGCUUGGAAAAGAAACAAGGAGAAGGAGCAUCCUCACAGCCUAAGACCCCUCUUCUAAAUCUGAGGAAGAAGAUGCGAGCUUCAGCAUCUAGCAUUACAAAACUCUUCACCCGACAGUGCAGCAAAGAUGACAUAGAGAAGAAGAAAGGCGGACCAAUUGUGAAGAACCCCUCACCUGUCAUACCAGACAAAAUGACUCACCCUGCCACAGUUUCUGCUGCCACCUCAUCUGAAAGUCCUCAGAAGAAGUCCAAAUUGUUCUCGCUGAAAGUGCCGAUAUUUAAGAAAACCAAAGAAAGUCCAGUCAAACCAUCCAGGCCAGAUGUCAUUCAGCUAGCAGUGGGUGGAGCUCUUGUGUUCUGGAAACCUGUGCCGUCCAAAGAGCCUGUCACAUAUUGUAUUCAGUAUAGUGUAAAUGGUGGGGAGUGGAGAACAUUGUCAGAGAAUGUCACAGACAGCUGUUUCACAGCUAAUGCCCUUCCGAGAGGACCGGGAUAUAUAUUCAGAGUGUCCUAUAACACCAAGACAGGGCUGGCACCUUUCAGUGACCCUUCACCACCUGCUUUUAUGGCCACACCUUAUGAAGAGUCUCACAAUCCUCUCAUUCAGAUGGAAUCUAUUGGGUCAAAGGUCACUGUACCUGGAGGUCUUGGUACUGAGAAGUCUUAUAGCUUCCUGUCUGAAAUCAACAGAGGCCGUUUCAGUGUGGUAACACAGUGUGAGGAUAGCCGCAGCUCUCAGAUGUUGGCAGCCAAGAUGACCCCCUACAGACCAGAGCAGAGGCAAUUGGUUUUGAGGGAAUAUCAACUGCUUCGCCGACUAAGUCACCCUCGGAUUGUCCAGCUGCAGUUGGCCAUCCUCACCCCCACCUGCCUGGUGCUUAUAGAGGAGCUGUGCUCAGGACGAGAGCUUCUUUAUAAUCUUGCAGAAAGGAAUCUAUAUUCAGAAACGCAUGUGACAGACCUACUAGAGCAGAUUCUGAGCGCUGUGGAUUACCUGCACGGCCGACGCAUUGUACACCUGGACCUAAAGUCAGACAACAUGCUUGUGACAGGCCGAAAUGUAGUGAAGAUUGUGGAUUUGGGCUCCGCUCAGCCCUUCACUCCGGGACAUGCGCUGAACAUCGAACACAUCAAAGAAAUGACAGAUAAUAAAGUUUAUAUUGUCCUUCCUAAAGCUCCUGAAAUCUUAGAAGGACAAGGAGUUGGACCCGAAACUGAUAUCUGGGCUGUUGGUGUUUUGGCUUUUAUAAUGUUGAGUGCAGACAGUCCCUUUCAUGCUGAUUUAAAUUGGGAGAGGGAUCGAAACAUCAAAAAAGGAAAGAUCCAGUUCAGUCGUUGUUACCCAGGACUAUCAGAGGGAGCCAUCAACUUCAUGAAGAACACCCUGAGCAACAAAGCCUGGGCAAGACCAACAGCUGCAGAGUGCCUCCAAAACCCCUGGUUACAAGGAGACCGUCCUCCCUCCAAACACACCGACUCUGUGGUCUGUUUUUCAGCAGACAAGCUGCAGGCCUAUCUCAGGGAAAGAGAGGUCAAGCGAGAUCACGUCCGCACAAAAAUUAAACUGCCCCUCUCAUAAUUCAAGGGACAGAACACAUUUGGACUCUGAAAUUGAUGUGUGAAACUGUGAAAUGCUUUCGUAUUUUUUUUUUUUUUUUUUUUAAGCUUUUUAAAGCAUAGUCAGAUAUAUAUUUUUGUGCUGCUCCCCCACAUGGGAAAGAUUAUGAUGAAAAGUUUUAGCAGUAAUGAUAAUCAAUUAUAUUUCUUUAGAUAAAGCAUUUUUUGACAGGUGUAAUCCGGCAAUCUGCAUGACAUUUCUUCGAUUAUUGCUUUGUAAUCAUUCAAACAGUGACGCAUUACUUAAACACUAUUUUACAAUAGUGUAAAUCAUGUGUAUUAUGGAUUUUCGUAUGCAAGCUGUGCAUUGUUCAAAAAGUGAUAAUACACAUAUUCUGAACAAUUUUAAAGGUGUUUGAUAUGUUUUGCUUGAAUUACUGAAAUCAUCUAUCUAUCUAUCUAUCUAUCUAUCUAUCUAUCUAUCUAUCUAUCUAUCUAUCUAUCUAUCUAUCUAUCUAUCUAUCUAUCUAUCGUUAUGUCUAUGAAUGAAUGUAAGAUGUAGAACAGGUUAUUGCAGUAUAUUGUUUUUUCUUUUUUUGGUGUUAAUAAAAUUAUAUGCCACCACUCUAUCAGGGAUAACUUUCUUGUAUUAUAUGUGAUGUGGUUAAAAGCAAUAUUUUGUUCAUUUCUCAUUUUUAUGCAAAUUUUACUUUAUGUAUAAGGAUUGUAUUGGUGUUGGAGUGGUAAGGAUAAUAUAGGGAUUACUGUUGCCUCUGCAGUUUUGUCAAAAAAUUACAUGCACUUAAAAUAAAUGCUUUAUUACACUGUAAAACUUAUUUUGUAGUUUGGAUUUAUACAGUGAUGAUUUAUAUUUUUAAACACACAAACCCAUAAGUAAGGCAUUUUAUGAACAGUGACAGAUGCUGAAUUCGGAAC